GAGACAGAGUGUGUGUGUGUGUGUGUGUGUGUGUGAGACCCGGAGUGUGUGGACAGUAGCACGGGGACGAGGAGCGCGAGCCGCGAUGAGCUGCGCGAGCCUGUGGACUACGGCGGCGGUUCUGGUCGCCAUGGUAACCGGUGCGGCGCAGGGGAGCGCGAGGCGGCGCGGCGAGUCGGUGCUGGUGGCGGGUGUGAGCCGCGCGCGCUGUGCCUCCCGGUGCCUCAGCCUGCACCUCACCCGCAUCACCGCCAUCAGCACACACACACAGGGAAACGGAUCUCUGGUUUGGUGUCAGAAUCACAAGCAGUGUUCGAAGUGUCUCGAGCCUUGCAAAGCAUCCUGGGAUCUCAGCGAGAACGAGUGUCAGGAUUUGUGUGAGUCUGUCUUCCCGAAUAAACAGUCAGAGUGUGUGGUGAGCUGCGAGUUUUUCCUCUCGGUGGAAACGGUAAAGCAGGGGGCGUGUCCAGCUCCGGAUCGAGCGUCCGGAUUCGCUGCCGCGUGCGUGGAGAGUUGCGAGAGCGACGAUCACUGCUCCUCUCACAAGAAGUGCUGCUCAAACGGCUGCGGGCGGACCUGUCAAACGCCCAGGAACGUCUAUAAAGGUGUUCCUCUGAAGCCCAGGAGUGAACUGACCUUCCUCGAAUUGUCGUCAGGACGUCUGGAAAUCCGCUGGUCUUCAAAAUUUAACAUCUCAGCAGAGCCGGUGGUUUACGUCGUGCAGCAGCGCUGGAAUCACGGCAUCCACCCGAGCGAAGACGAGGCGACGGCGUGGCAGGAUGUGGCGCAGGUGACAGAGGAGCGGGUCGAGCUGCCGGUCAUCAGAGCCACGCGCUGGUACCAGUUCCGCGUUGCGGCGGUUAACAUCCACGGCACUCGCGGCUUCACCGCGCCGAGCAAACACUUCCGCUCGUCCAGAGAUCCGUCUCCUCCUCCACGCCCAUCUGGACUCAGGGUGGUGAACGUGACGAUGGACAGCGGCGGCGUUGUGACGGCACGUCUGGACUGGACGCUUCCUGAAGAGCCGGACAUCCCCGUCCAUCAUUAUAAGAUCUUCUGGAGCUGGAGCACUGCUGGAAAAAACACAAUUCCAUCCAAGAAGAAGAGGAGAAAGACCAUGGACGGGGCGAAGAGCUCAGUGACUCUGGACGCUCUGGCGGUGAACAGCUCGUACACGGUGGAGCUCCAGGCCGUGUCUGUGUGGGGAUCAGUCAGACUGAAAAGCCCCAAAGCCACUCUGCAGUUCAGCACCGCUCAGGAGAAUGAGCACGCCAAGCUGGUGUCGAAGCUGAGCAGAGCGUUCUGGCGGAGCGCGGCGAGCUCGCUGGAGGCGGGGACUCCGUACUACCAGGACGGACAGCUGCAGCUCCGCCUCUACUGGAAAAACAGAGCAGAUCCCAUGACGAGCCGCUUCCACGUGCAGUGGACUCCUGAACUCUGCCUCGACAAUCAGAGCAAAGACGCGGAGAAAUCCGUCACACACGAGAACUUCAUCCAGCUGGCCGGCCUGCUCUUCUCCUGCACCUACAGAGUGACCGUCCACACACUCAGAGCCAAGAAGCACUCGGAGCUCGGCACACUGUCCUUCACCACGCCGUCCUGUCCCGCGCUGCGGAGCAAAACACACAAACACAUCGUCUGUCCGGGAGAGAAAGUAGCUGUGAAAGUUCUGUCCAAACCUGAGAACCUGACCGCGUCCUUCACCGCUAACGGCCACAACCUGACCGGGCGCUUCUCCUGGCGCGUCUCCCGCCCUCAGCCUCAUCAGCCAAUCACGGGGCUCCAGGUCACGUGGACGGACGUGACGGUGGUGAACCGGGAGAACGGCCUCCCGAACAGCCUCGUGUCUCAGGCGCAGAUCCUCCCUCCGGAUCAUAACUUCCUGGAGGUCGUGAAUCUCCGGCCCGCGUCCUCCUACAGGUUAGAGGUGCAGGUCAUCACCAGUGCAGGAGAAGGUCCAGCUACCAUGAAGGUUUUCCACACACCCAGUGUUACCUCAGCCCUGCACCACAGGCCCAAACUUCAUCAGCACUCAGGACAUCAGAAGCACUCGUCUGAAAAGCACUGAGAAACCAGAACACCUUGAGUCAACCUUCAGAAAGCUUUAACGUUCUACCGACCAUCUCUUGGACGGAUUCCUCCACCUCAGAACUGCUUCUGGGUUCGGUUCUGAUCUGGUUCUCCUGCUGGAAUAAACACUGAUGAUCCUGAUGGCAGAAUUCAGGACUUUCUGGACUGGUUCUUGUUCUUGCUCUGGUGUUGGAACAGAACUAGUUUGAAGUCUUCCAGUACAAGGUCAGGCCUGGUUCUAGUAUAGGGACAUCUGCAUCUGGACUGGUUCUUCUGCUUUGUUGUCUGUACUGUGUAUAGUGACAGAACUGGUACCAGAGUGGUUCUCCUACAGAAGUGAGACUGGUUCUCCUUCUGAAAGCACUGACUCUGCACUGUUCUCCUGGCUUUAAAGUUACAGAACCAUGUUCUCCUCAUGGAGACGGUUUCACUUCAGUAUGAUUUCCGGAACUGGUCCAGUUUUCCUUCAGCCAGAACCCGGGUCUGGAAGGUACUAGACUUGAAGUAUGUUUUUUUGUUAAAAUAUUUUCCUACCUUCUCCAGAGCCAUGUGAACAGAUGAAUGUAUCUCCAGAAAAGUGGAAUUUUAAAACGUUAAUAACUAAAGAACGUCUCCGUCCUCACGAUUUAAACCCGAGUUCAACUGCAUGCCUGGAGUUUUUCACUAACAGAUUAACAGAGAUCCUGAAUGUGGAACAUUACUGCGUAUAUAUAUUGUUAGUUAAUAACUUCAUACCUUUGGGUUGGAUUAAACUGAUGUAUUUGCUUUAUCUAUAUUUAUUUACGUGUGUACUUUUGUUUUGUUAUUUGUUGUGUGUGUGUGUGUGUGUGUGUGUGUGUGUG